UCCACCAAACCAAGAGUGCGGCAGUUUAAUAGGUUUCAAAUGACUGCACUGGUUACACAAAGAGGCUUUACAUCAAAGCUAUUGAUCCGUGAUAACUUCACAGUAUAAUACUGUCCCGAAUAGUUCUGAAGGAACACUCGCUCUUGUAAAUUGUAUGCAGCGCAUCUUUGUCUGAUCAAGUAAUCAAAAUUUGAUAUUUACGCCAGGUGGAGAGAACUCUGAGAAGAACAGCAUCGUUUUAGCUGUAAAAAGCCAAAUAGUUGAAGCAAGCAAAAAGUUCUUGAGGAUAGAAGAAAUGGCCUUCAAAGUUGCAGUUUUAGUUGUCUUGUUCAUUAUCACAACUGGCCUGCGAAGAACUACGUGCAAAAGCUUGCAGAAGGCUUGUCAAACACAAGUUGACUGCGAUAGAGCGUAUCCUAUAUGUGACGGAGGGUUUUGCAGGGCAAUUCGAAGCAUCACUGAGAUUGGAAAGUUUCUACUGGCACCUUGCAACAAUUUCAAAGCCCCAUGUCAGAAUGAUGGUGAAUGCUCGUGCUCGUCGAUACAAAUGAUAUGCGAAUCAAACGAAUGUGUAGUGCGGAGAAACACGAACACUUCAGAACGAAAAAAAUAACGAAAUGGCAGAGUAUACACACGGAUUUUCCAAGACUUCAACUAAACGUGGCCACAGUUUCGUGUUAUCGAAUAUUGGCAAAAAAUUUAAUUUACGUUGAAACAAUGAAAGAUUGACGAUAAAAACAAGGGGGUUGAUGUUCAUCAUACAGAUCAACACAAGCAUCAUGCACAUUGCAAUAUACUCUUCAUGACUGAUGUUUUGGCAAAAACAGAGUUACCAUGGAUUGCAGAGUUAAUUGUUCUAAGUGGGGACCUAUUAAGCCAAUAAACAUUUUGUUGGCCAAACCUGUAUCGUGUCCUUGGAACAUAGCGGUUAAGUGAUCACACUAUAAAAAUAAACUUGCAUAACAAUUGAUCUUGAACCAAAAAAUCUAGACAAAUAGUAUAUAAAUCCUUCAACUGUGCAAAACAGUCAGAUCUGUUGCAAAUUAGCUAAGAUAUGAGCAGCGAAAGACAAUGGGAUUAAAAAGCAUAACUAAUGUUUAGGCCUGGUUUAUCGACUUCAAAAUUACGAACGGAUUAUAAUAAAUUGAAUGAGACAGUACAUGUGCUCGUUUAAUUAUGCCUCAACUAUUUUGUGACUGACUCAACUAUUUAUUUCGCAUGUAAGACUAUUUGAUAAUGGUCUCUCUGAUCGUAAGACUAAAACGCAAAAAUACCAAAAAUGAAGCACAAAGUACAUAUUUUGUUAACAUCUUAUUUUGCAGAAACUAAGGCAAUAAGCACUUAUAUUGCUCCAAGCAGACUCACUGCCCUACCCAUAGCAAAAACGAAAACUAUUCUCCGUAGCCCCAUUGUGAAAGGAUCCAUGCCUGGAUCAGUUGUCCUUAUUUGUAAUAGAUAUUGAUGUAGGUCUUAAUACUUUCAUUUACAGGUUUUAUUGUUACUCGUGAAUUUUGUCCAUAAACAAUGAGCUCCUUCACAGAAGCAGUGAACAAGGGGACAGUUUGUUCAGGGAACUGUUCACAGUUUGUUUAUACUUUUGCAAAUAUCAGUUGAAAAGAAAAACAAAACAUAUUGCAAAGUGUUGGUUUUUGGUUGGAAUAUUACGAUAACAGCUUCCAUACUAGGCAAGGACACCUUGCUGAAGCAUACAUCGUUCUACGAUUGAGAAAAUUUAUGGGCAGUUGAUAGCGUCCUUUGUAUAGAGAAAAUGAUUUUGGCUUGCAAGGAUGUUUUAAGAAUCAAGCUCUUUUUGAAUCGAACGAUUUUUUAAGAGUACCAUUUUGGAACCUUUCUGGGCGUUAUUUGAGGGUUUUCCCAAAUUGUUUCAAGUGGGAUCUAUUCUCUAACCUGUUUGAGAACAGAAAGAAGUUCUAUUGGCAAGAGUUGGUCGCUUCCGAUGAACUUAAAAGCCUAAAUCUACCAGUGUUGCAUGGUCACAAUAGAAGCUGGUCAUUUGUAUGCCCCACCACGAAUAUUUUUGGUACUACAAAUGGUACCAAAAAUGAACCUGAUUGUGUGUAGCUAUGAACAGCCAACUUAAAUUCUACAUUUUUACUAUUCAGACGAGGCCAUUUAAGUGCUAUAUCCUCAAUAAUGACAAAUAGUUAUUAAUGUAUCAAUGAAAUUGUUGCAUCAAAAAAUAUGGAGACCGAAUGAGAACCAAUCAAAGGGCCAAUCAAAACCUCCCUUAGUAUACAGGUGUCAGUUUCUAAAGAUGAGCGUAUAGACAAUGGCAAUCGAAAUAUUGUUUCGCUGUGGAGGAGCCUGUAAUUUGUAUCUUACAAUAUUACGGUUUAUUUUCAGACCAUUUACUUAACAUUCACAAGCAUAAUUUGUAAAUACGUUGUAAAAAAUUAUGUAAGAAUUGCCUUUGUCAUUAUAUUUAUCGCUGUAUAUCCAAGUAGAAAACGAGUAGAAAAGCACGUGGCUCCGAAUCAUGAGAUGAUAAUCAGAUCCUAUGUAUUCAGGGCCAGUUUUAAAGCUAACCAGGCAACUAUAGAUAGAAACUAACCCUACAAGGUACAUAUCUUGCUGUUGAAGGCAACGAGUCUAUAUGAAAGAAUAUCAUCAAUGAGGAUAUACGAUCUUCAUGUAAAUUGGCAAGUGACCAAUUUUGAUUGCUGGCCAUCUUCAGAACAUAAACAGGUGCUUAUUAUGAUCACGUACAGUAUGGGAAAUUUAAGCCAAUCACAUAAGCUCAUCGAUAUGCUCUUAAGAAACACGUCAGCAAGCUGUUCUCGGCCAUGCGUCUCCUUUUAUAUCGACUCAUUGCCUUGCACAAAGCCAACAGACGUUCUAGAUAGCUAGCCCAUGAGUUACAUCCUUUACUAUCAGUUUACAAUAUCUAAGUCUGUUUCACUAAGUCUUUAAAACAACUAUACCCUUGCAUGUUUGCCAACUACGAGAGUUUUAUGGUGUAAAUAUCGUUCAAAAUUCUUCACAUAGUAGAUUUAAAUAACAGUCCCUUGUAAGCUACUCGGUGUAGAGUAGUGAUGAUUAGGCCUAUAUCCACAAUUGAACUAGUAUACUAUGUGUUUUAUGCUCUUCAAUGAUAUCACUGUUUAAGUCAUUAGGUUGGGUGUGUAAAACCGAUACCCACAAACUCUGUCGAUAACGCACUGCUGAAGGAUAUUAUUACAGCGGACUGUUUGCGUAUUGUUUGUCACUCGCCCAUUUGAUUAAGUUAAGGUGAAAGUAAAACGGUUGGGAUACGAUCUUAAUGUUAUUUAUGGUUUCGUAUACAAACUUAUUUUAUCGUGCUUAUGCUGCAAAGUAGAUUUCUUAAUGUCACUGUGAAAUGAAGCAGAAUUUGAUGAAACACAGACAAGAUUUCUUGUGUUUUCUGGCCUUGAUGACCUAUUCGUUUGGUAAUGUAGCGGAAUGAUAGCAUUUUAAGGGGGUUCUGCUUCUGAGAUGGUUCAGUAGAAUAUGAUUAAUAAACUACAGAACACAACGAACGGCAAAUGGAUCCAAGUUGGGCCUGGGAUACGACUGAAGUCUAGCAUCCCAGCAUCCCUUGCUAGCCCGCUAUUGGUUUCGCGCGCCAAAAAAUGCAGCUUGUUGACAACUGGAUAUGCCUCCUUUAUUUCUUUUCAGAGAGAUGUUAAGCUUAUUGGUUUACGAGAGGAUGAAGAAUCUUCUUGCCUUGUGUUUUUAGCAAAAUUUUAUAGUGCAGUAUAGAGAAUGCCAAUACAACAUAGCAUUUGAUAAUGAGAAACCUGUUGUAUCUUUUGGUCUUUAUUUUUAUGUAUUAGUUCAUACCUGUCAUAUUUUCAGAAAAGGAAUCUGCAAAUGCUUUGAGAGAGCUUGCGCAAGCUCAAGAACAAACUGAUUUUAACAUUGGGAAACAGUCUUACCUGGCUAAAGUCAACCAUCUCCAUUUGGCUUUUGAUCAAUCGAGGUCUCUCUCUUCUUCUUUAUGUAUAAUUUCAUGGUCAUAGUCCUGCACACACGUUAGCCCAUUCACAUAUUCAAAACUUUUACCUGAAAAACAAAAAAGAUAGAAAAUCAUGCUUAAUCAUAAGGAGGGUUGAGCAGUGGUACCGUUGAGGGGACGCAGGGUGUGUUGGUGGGGCUCACCCCACUUAACAAGCCAGUAGAAGUUUGCUUGGAAAAAUUACUUACUUGGCAAUGUGAAUUAACCCAUUGACUUUACAUGAAUGUGAAAUUUCUAUUAGCCUUUAGAAAAGAUGAAUAGUUUGAAUAAUUUGAUAUACACAACAGAGAAUCUUUAACAUGAAUGCAAUAUACACGGUGUGGAAAAGGGUGUGAACUUGGGUGGGGCUUCUAGCCGUUCGCAUAGCUCCCUUCUUAACUUUUUAGGACGGCACUCCUGGGAUUAAGUGGCACUACAUUGGGAGUCAAGGCUCCAAGCUAUCACAGAUUAGGAGACUAUAUACUAAUUUGAUAUCGACAUUUGCCCACUUACGCGGUAAAUCCAUUUGUCCGGGGUGCUUGGAAAAUAUAACUGAUAUCUUCAUAAAACGACAUUCAAAUUACCGCUAAAUGCAGAAAUUUGAAGAAAUAAGUUUCAAAUAAGCUUGCAACCCUUAGUACCCUACGACUAAAUAGUUCUCUUUAAAAAGAAAUUCCCUUUGGUUUGCCACUGUUUCCCAUUUGGCAAAAGUGCAAAAUGGAAAUUAUGAGCUUGAUACAAAAGACCAUUAUACGAAAAGUGAGAAGAAUGUUUUCAAAAGGUCUUGUUAGGAAGAAAUAUUUCAAGAAUUUCAAAAACACUGGGCUUUGAAAUCAUGGUUUAUGUUGGAACUAUUCCGAAAGUGUGUUUAAUUUGAUUGUAACAUGAAAGAUUGCUACAAAGUCAUUUAGUUACAAACCCGUUAUAUGAAAUUGGCAUUGAUAAAAUGCCGUCUGCUAUGUCUGCAGCUUUAUCAGUUGAACACCAUAUCUCUAAAUGCAACACCGUUUACGUUGAGAUAAGUGCAUUUGCCAAUCAUCAUUAAUCUUAUCUUCCUAACGCAGACACCGUACUGAUGAAAGAUUCAAAACAAGCAACUGUAUGAAGCAAAAUGAGGGGAUUUUAA